AUGAAAGCAAUCCAAGUCCUCGGCCCCGCCUCCUCCCCAGAGAUAGUCACCACCACCUCUCUCCCCACCCCCGUCCCAAACCACACCGAAAUCCUAAUCCGCGUCCACGCCGCCGGCAUCACCGCCCCCGAACUCCUCUGGCCCGAGCUCUACACCGCCCCGAACCGCAUCCCAGGCCACGAGCUCUCCGGCACCGUCGCCGCCCUUGGGCCCACCUACCCCGGCCCCCUGCGCCUCAAUCAGCCCGUCUUCGCCUUCAUCGCCGCAGACCGCGGCGGCGGCGGACAGGCGGAGUACAUCGUCUGCCUCCCGGAUGAAGUCGCGCCGAAACCAACCUCAAUAUCGCAUGAAGCGGCGGCUGCGCUACCGAUCCCGCUUCUUACGGGAUGGGAGGGGAUCAUCACCCGCGGGAAGGUUAGGCCGGGGAUGAAAGUGCUGGUUACGGGCGCCAGCGGUGCGGUGGGGAGUGUUGCCGUGCAAAUUGCGGCGCGGCGCGGGGCUGAGGUCGUUGCGCUGGCGUCGCUGCGGAGCGCGGGGAGAUUGAGAGGGCUCGGGGUAUGGGAGGUUGUGGAUUACAAUGAUGAAAGUUGGAGUGCCGAUAUACGAGGCGUGGAUGUGGUGUUUGACACGGUUGGUGGAGAUGUGCUGGGUAAAUGUUGGGAGGUUGUUAGGCCCGGCGGGAUGAUCAUCACCGUUGGCGACCCGGCGCCGCAAUGGGCAUUUGGCCGUGGUCCGGCGGAGGAGGCGGCUGAAUAUCCUGAGGUGCGGUAUGAGUACUUUAUUGUGUCACCGAACGUUGAAGCGCUCUCUGAGGCGGGGGGGAUAGUUGAUGAGGGGGUGAUCGAGGUAUUGCGGGUGGAAGCGUUUUCCUUUGAAGAGGCGGAGCAGGCUUGGGAGUAUGCUGGGAAGAGGGGGCGUAAUGGCAAGGCAGUCAUCACCUUUGGAGAUUUCGACUGA